AUGUCUGCUGAAUUAACUCACCCAACUAUCAAAGAUGGAUGGUUCAGAGAAAUCUCUGAUACCAUGUGGCCAGGUCAAGCCAUGUCAUUAAGAGUUGAAAAAAUCUUACAUGUUGAAAAAUCAUUAUAUCAAGAUGUUCUUGUUUUCAAAUCAACUGAUUAUGGUAAUGUUUUAGUCUUGGAUAAUGUUAUUCAAGCUACUGAAAGAGAUGAAUUCUCUUAUCAAGAAAUGAUUACUCAUUUAGCAUUGAAUUCUCAUCCAAAUCCAAAGAAAGUCUUAGUCAUUGGUGGUGGUGAUGGUGGUGUUUUAAGAGAAGUUGUUAAACAUGAAUCUGUUGAAGAAGCUGUUUUAUGUGAUAUUGAUGAAGCUGUUAUUAGAGUCUCAAAGGAAUAUUUACCAGAAAUGUCUGCUUCUUAUAAACAUCCAAAAGUUAAAACUCACAUUGGUGAUGGUUUUAAAUUUUUAAAUGAUUAUAAAAACACAUUUGAUGUUAUCAUUACUGACUCUUCAGAUCCAGAAGGUCCUGCUGAAUCUCUUUUCCAAAAACCAUAUUUCCAAUUAUUAAAUGAAGCUUUAACUGAAAAAGGUGUUAUUACUACUCAAGCUGAAAAUAUUUGGUUACAUUUGAAAAUCAUUACUGAUUUGAAAAAAGCUUGUAAAGAAGUUUUCCCAGUUGCUGAAUACGCUUACACCACAAUCCCAACUUAUCCAUCUGGUCAAAUUGGAUUCAUGGUUUGUUCUAAAGAUGCUAAUGCUAAUGUUAAACAACCAUUACGUUCAGUCUCUAAAGAAGAUGAAGAUAAAUUAUAUAGAUACUAUAACAAAGAAAUCCAUUCAGCUUCUUUCGUCCUACCGACUUGGGCUGCCAAAGCUUUGAAAUAA